UCUUUAUUUAGAAAUGUUAUAUACAUAAAUCAACCAAUAUCUUAGAAGGAUCUAUUUAAAAUAAAUAAAUAAAUAAUAAAAGGAAAAAGGAAUAAUGAAAAAUGAAAAAUGAGAUUGGAUUGGGCCCAAAAAGAGAGCCCAACAGUUGAAAGAAGAAGAAGCAAAGUUGUUCCCUCGUGUGAUCCGCUUUCAUAGUCUUACAGAUUUUGAUUUGAGUUCGAGUGUUCCUUCCAAAACAACAAUGCCAGUCCUCUCCAUUUCCCCAUUCUUCCUUCUCAUUCUUCUCUUCUCCUUCUUUCUCACACAUCUCCCCAACCCCAAUGCCACCGCCGUCGCUGCCCCCGCCGACUUCCUGAAGCUCCCCCUUCUUCACAAACCCCCCUUCUCCUCCCCUUCCCAAUCCCUCUCCUCCGACACCCACCGCCUCUCCCUCCUCUUCUCUCGCCCCAACCCCACUCUCAAAUCCCCUCUCAUCUCCGGCGCUUCCACCGGCUCCGGCCAAUACUUCGUCGACAUCCGCCUCGGUACUCCUCCCCAAAGCCUCCUCCUCGUCGCCGAUACCGGCAGCGACCUCGUCUGGGUUAAAUGCUCCGCCUGCCGCAACUGCUCUCACCAUCCUCCUUCCUCCGCCUUCCUCCCCCGCCAUUCCUCCUCCUUCUCCCCUUUCCACUGCUUCGACCCCCACUGCCGUCUCCUCCCCCACGCUCCUCACCAUCUCUGUAACCACACGCGCCUCCACUCCCCUUGUCGCUUCCUCUACUCCUAUGCCGAUGGCUCCCUCUCCUCCGGCUUCUUCUCCAAAGAAACCACCACAUUGAAGUCGCUCUCCGGGUCCGAAAUCCAUCUUAAAGGCCUCUCGUUCGGCUGCGGAUUUCGGAUCUCCGGUCCCAGCGUUUCGGGGGCUCAGUUUAAUGGUGCACGUGGCGUCAUGGGAUUGGGUAGAGGCUCCAUUUCCUUCUCUUCUCAACUCGGCCGCCGAUUCGGCAACAAAUUUUCUUACUGUCUUAUGGAUUACACUCUCUCUCCGCCGCCCACCAGCUUCUUAAUGAUCGGCGGCGGCCUCCACAGCCUCCCUCUCACCAAUGCCACAAAAAUCAGCUAUACCCCUUUGCAGAUUAACCCUCUUUCCCCCACAUUCUACUACAUUACCAUCCACAGCAUCACCAUCGACGGCGUGAAAUUACCCAUCAACCCCGCCGUUUGGGAAAUCGACGAACAGGGCAAUGGCGGCACGGUGGUGGAUUCAGGGACAACGCUAACCUACCUAACGAAGACAGCGUACGAGGAGGUGCUGAAGUCAGUAAGACGGCGAGUGAAACUACCAAAUGCUGCAGAGUUGACACCGGGAUUCGAUCUAUGCGUGAAUGCGUCGGGAGAGUCGCGGCGGCCGAGUCUGCCGCGACUGAGAUUCCGACUGGGAGGUGGGGCGGUGUUUGCUCCACCGCCGAGGAACUAUUUUCUGGAAACAGAGGAGGGAGUGAUGUGUUUGGCGAUCCGAGCGGUGGAAUCGGGAAAUGGGUUUUCGGUGAUCGGAAAUCUGAUGCAGCAAGGAUUCUUGUUGGAGUUCGAUAAGGAGGAAUCGAGGCUGGGUUUUACAAGGCGGGGAUGUGGGCUUCCAUGAACGAACAUCAUCAACUUUUGGAACUUUGUUUCUUUAUUUUUGUUAACUCGACUCACUGAGUUUGGAACUCGCAAUCAAUUAAUUUUCGAUUUGGUAAAAUUAUUAUUAUUAUUAUCAUUAUCAUUAUUAAAAAAGAGGUUUUUAAAUUUUUAAUAAUAAUAAGUUUGUACUUUGGAUUGGAUUCUCUUUUGUAUACUACAAAAACUCAUUGAUUUUUGGACAUUA